AUGGGAUUAUUUGCAUCAAAAGAUAAAGAAACGGGAUCUUCCCCUCCACCCACAGCUUCAUUAUCAGAAGAUCACGAAGCUGGUUUUAAGCAUGAGGGUAAUAACAGCCAUGUUCCAAAUAUUCCAAUCGAGGUCGUAUGCCCUUCACAUACAACCGAAGCAAAGCUUAUGCGAAAAAUCGAUUUACGUGUGAUACCAUGUUUAUGUAUCAUGUACCUUUUAGCAUUUUUGGACCGAGUCAAUAUCGCCAAUGCCAAAUCUUUUCAUCUCGCAACAGACUUGGGCUUAACAGGAACUCAAUACAAUACCGCCCUAACCAUCUUCUUCGUUCCAUAUGUGUUUUUUGAAAUCCCCUCCAACAUACUCUUGAAGCGUCUCAAGCCCGCCAUUUGGCUCUCGUUCCUCAUGUUCCUCUUCGGUCUCGUGGGUAUCUGUCAAGGACUCGUGCAAAACUUCGGCGGACUUCUCGCCACUCGUUUCUUCCUGGGUCUGUGUGAAGCCGGUAUGUUUCCAGGUUGCUUCUAUCUCAUCGGAAUGUGGUACAAACGAUCCGAAGCCCAACGUCGUUAUUCCUUUUUCUUCGGUAGUACCACUCUCGCUGGAGCUUUCGGUGGUCUGCUCGCUAGCGCCAUUGGGAAAAUGGAUGGUUUGAGGGGUCAUUCCGGUUGGCGCUGGAUCUUCAUCCUAGAAGGUGUUCUCACUUGCGUCAUAGCUUUACUAUUCUUCUUCCUCCUUCCCUCUUUCCCCGAAGACGCACAAUGGCUCACCCCCGACGAACGCGCCUACGUCAAAGCCCGUCUCCAAGUUGAUCAAGGACAGAGUGGAGCUGAACGAAAAAUCACAUUCAAAGAUGCAAUCCACGUAUUAAAAGACUACAAGGUCAUUUUAGGCGGAUUCAUGUAUUUCGGCAUGAUCAUCCCAGCCUACGGCUACGCCUUCUUCGCACCAGGUAUCAUCUCAACCUACGGCUACACCCCCAUCCAAACACAACUCCACUCCGUUCCCCCAUGGGCCUGCGCCUUUGUAUUCGCCAUGCUCAUCGCCACCUUCUCCGACCUGACACGCCACCGUUUCGCAUUCACCAUCGCCCCCAUCGCAGUCGCCAUCGCCGGUUUCGCCAUCCUACUCACGGUCCACAAUAACGCAAAACUCGAAUACGCAGCCCUGUUCCUGGUGGCAAUGGGUUCCUAUAGUGCAAUGCCAGUCAUAGUUUGCUGGUUCAACAUGAAUCUCGGGGGUCAUCAUCGCAGAAGCGUAGGCUCGGCUUGGCAAGUCGGUUUUGGUAAUGUGGGGGGGAUCAUCGCGACGUAUGCGUUUCUAGCAAAGGAUUCCCCGGAGUUUAAAUCGGGUUAUGCGAUUUGUCUCGGCUUUUUGUGUUUAAGUGCAGUGAGUUGUGCGGCGUACGUCUUGGUGGUCGGUUGGGAGAAUAGGAGGAGGGAUAAGAGGAUGGGGGCGGGUGCUGGGGUUUCGGGGCUUACCGAGGAGGAGAAGAUGGAUUUGGGGGAUUUGAGUCCGGAGUAUAGAUAUUUGUUGUGA